AUGAUCUGCUUCAGCUGCAACAUCACCUGGUUCCAGUAUCUGGUGCUUGAUGACUCGGUGAACCAUCCGGUGGACCGCGUCUUGCGUGUUCGCAUGGCCCCAGCUGUGUGCCUGGACUUAUGGGCCUUGUGCCACUCCUUUGGCCGAGAGGUGAAAGCUCUGAAGGAAGCUAUCAGGGAUUCCGUCAUCGCUCGAAACGCGACUCUUUCCGAGGAGAAUAUGGACCUUUUCCAUGAUGCACAAGCUCUCUGCGACUGGAUGCACGACGAGGUUGCCUUGCAUCCAUUUCGAGUCAGAGGUCACGAGGAUGCUGAUCUGCCGACACCGCGACAAGUCCGGAAGGUGGCACGUAUGAGACGCUUAGAAGCGAAGUACGACUUGGACGUGAUGUUGGAGGGCCAAGCGACUAACUUCAACCGCACAUGGCAGGACCCGCCUCUACUUUCCAGUCGAGCCCAAAGACAUGCUCGAUUCUGGAGGCAUUGGGUGCUCUACCUCGGCCCAACGUGGCUUUGGUGGCUUCAGACCUGA